CACCUAUACGCAUGCAUAUAUGUCUAUAUAUAUAAACAUAUAUGUACAUCUAUAUGGAGAGAGAGAGAGAGAGAGAGAGAGAGAGAGAGAGAACAAAAUAUACGAUUUGAAGGUCCUAUAUGCAUGGAAGCCAAAUGGGAAGUAAAGAAAUAGCAGUGUUUCUCAUAUUCUUCUCCUACCUUCAUGUUUUCGCAAUUUCUUCCCCUCUUCAGAUGGCCUUGCCUUCUUCAGAUUCUUCGCAGGAAAGUCACUUGGGAGAAAAAAAUGUACCUCGGCAUGGCAGCAAGAUUGGACAUGCCUACGGACAUGGAAAUGGUGGACAUGUUAAUGGUGGUCGAGUCACUGGCGCUGGUGAGAAUGGAAAUAAUGGCGGCUCCCGUUCACCUAAUGGACAAGGAGGUACAGCAUUUAUCCCGGUAUAUGCAGCAGGUGCCGCCAAUAACCACCAUCAUCAACAUGGCUCUGGCAACAGCAACCGGAACUCCAUAGGAGUUUCAAUCUUAAUCUUGGUUGCAGCCACCUUGGCUUCUCUUAUCACUCAUUUGUACUACUAGUACAAUAAAUUAUGUUGCUUCUAACUUUCUGUUGUAAGCUUACUUCUUAUUAACUGAUGCUUUGCUGUAAAUAUCGGUUACUCUGCUUUAUGUAUUGAAUUUGGUUAGUGUUUA